AUGGCCAUAAGGAGCAGCUCUGUAAUUCGAGUGGGUUAUGAACUAACGAUAGAUGAAGCGGAUAAAGAAGAUGUAACGUCCUCUUGCAUCUUCCGUGUGCCAAAGCCACUAAGAGACUCCAGCGACCAAUUGUACAGUCCCCAUCUUGUUUCUAUCGGCCCCUUUCAUAAUGGAAAGGAGGAGCUAAAAGGCAUGGAGAAAUCCAAAUCGGAGGCAGUUCGAAGGAUGCAAAAGAGAAUUCAGAGGAGAGAUCGAUUCGCUUCUGUGGAAUCAAUUGUGGAAAACUGCAUAGUGCACACGGACAGGGAGAUUCGGGAAUUUUACGGUGAAUGUAUUCUUUAUACUCCCGUUCAAUUAGCCUGGAUGGUAACGAGGGAUGCUUGUUUUCUUUAUGAAUUUCUUGUUAAUUAUGCAAAAUUAUUUUCCAGUGGUAAGGUUAUUUAUCAAGAGGAAGUGGCUUCAUUCUCGUGGAAGUGUGAUUAUAUUUUUGAUGUCACCUAUCAGAAUCCGACAAGGGAAAGAAUUAUGGAUGAUAUACUUUUAUUUGAAAAUCAAAUACCGCUUUGGGUUUUGCAGAAUCUCCUUCAAAUUCAGAUGGGUUCUACGGGAGCGGCCGACCAAAAGUUGGACGUCUUAAUGGAAUUGCUGCUGAAUUCUGCGAAUAGACAUAAAGUUUUCAUGUGGUACAAUUCAGAUUCCUACAACAGGUGGUGUCAUGUCCUCGAAGUAGUCUAUCACGGCAUGGCCGGCAUAAAUGUAGGCUCCUACACCCAUAAUGGUGCGCCCGAAUUGCCGGAUUCGCCAGGCAAUCAAAUACAAGUCUACUUUCGUAAAUGGAUUGAUUCGUUCAAGGCCAUUUCUAGUCGUUGGCGUAAUACGCCCUCAAAUUCGACUCAUGGCGAGGCGGUUAACCUGGAACUUCUGAAACUGCCAUCAGUAGUGGAACUGACACAACAAGGAGUGAAGAUCCGUCCAGUGUUGGUAGAAGAAGCAACAACAUGGGCGUCAGCUUAUCCAGCCCUUCAAUGGAUAAGAUUUGAUGAGGAUACAUCAGCACUUUACUUACCACAGCCAAGGGUAACCCCGCAAUCAGAUCUAGUAAUGAGAAGCAUUAUGGUCAUGGAAGUGAGCACAAAACACAGGUACCAUCCAAAACCCAUAACUCAGUUUGCUAUAUUUAUGGAUGACAUGAUUGAUACCGAGGAGGACGUUACCGUGUUAACGAAGGUAGAUGUUAUUAGAAACUUUCUAGGAAACGACGAACAAGUGGCAGAUCUCUUCAACUCCAUGGCUAAAGGGAUGACCCCUAUUCAGGGCUGCAAAGUAAUUGAUGACGUCAGAAGGGGGUUGCAUAGGUAUACCAGAAGAAAGUAUAAGAUCUUGUGGAGUGAAUUUGUAACGGCUUAUUUUUCCAAGCCCUGGCUGGUUGCUGGGUCGAUGGCUGCUGUGGCACAGGUGCUUAGGGAGUUCGUAGGUGGUUAUUUUUCGCUGCCAUGGCUUAUUGCUGUUUCCAUGGCUGCCAUACUGCUGUUUCUUCUCACAAUGGCAUAA